AUGAAACUUGACACACCCGAAUUUAAGUCAAUAUUUACACCUGAACUUCAAGUUUUGGGUGAUUUGUUUCAAAAGCAUGGAUUUGAAUUACGAAUAGCAGGAGGAGCUGUCAGAGAUCUUCUAAUGAAUAAAACUCCUCAUGAUUUGGAUUUUGCAACCACAGCCACUCCAAAUGAAAUGAAGAAAAUGUUUACUGAAGAAAAUAUUAGAAUGAUUAAUAUGCAAGGAGAAAAGCAUGGAACAAUCACACCUAGGAUCAAUGAUAAAGAGAAUUUUGAAGUCACAACUUUGCGUAUUGAUGUACUUACUGAUGGCCGACAUGCUGAAGUUGAAUUUACUACAGACUGGCAGUUAGAUGCCAAUCGCAGAGACCUCACUAUAAAUUCUAUGUUCCUUGGUUUAGAUGGAACAGUUUAUGAUUAUUUUUCUGGGUAUGAUGAUCUAUUGAACAAGAAAGUGGUUUUUGUUGGUGAUCCCAAUACACGAAUUCAAGAAGAUUAUCUUAGAAUUUUGCGGUAUUUUAGGUUCUAUGGAAGAAUUGCUAAAGAUCCAAACAGUCAUGAUGCCAAGACACUUGAAGCAAUAAAAAAUAAUGCAGAAGGGCUACAAAGAAUAUCAGGAGAACGAAUAUGGAGUGAAUUGAGAAAAAUUUUAGAAGGAAAUUUUGCAGAGUCUUUGCUGAAGAUUAUGUUAGAACUUCAUAUUGGGCCUUUUAUUGGGUUACCUGAAAACCCCAAUAUUGAAGAAUUAACCAAAGUAUGCUCCAGAAAAUUGGAGGGUCUCCGAGGUAUUUCUGUUAUUAGUGCACUCUUAAAGAAACCAGAAGAAGUUAUGACCUUUCAUGCUCGUUGUAAACUGUCAGCCUUUGAGAGGGAUUUAGCACUCUUUCUCGUUGAACAUCGUGAAGAUAAGAUUUCAGACAUAGCAGUACGACCAUAUCAACGAAUAGUUGUGAGCAGUAAGAUGAAAACAUCUGACAUCUUUGAAUUUGUUCUUGAAGUAUUAAGAUACAGAGGAGACCAACUAUUGUUAGAGGAGUUCAGUGAGUGGAAAGUUCCUCGUUUUCCAGUUACUGGAAACCAGCUUAAAGAGAGGGGUGUACCUUCUGGUAAAACUCUUGGGUUAGUGCUGCAACAACUUAAAGAGUAUUGGAUUGAAAAAGACUUCACUCCUACAGUAGAAGAACUUUUCCUUCAACUACCUGCGGUUUUAUCCCGAUUAGGGAUUGAUCUGAAGACAAAAUAA